GGGAGUGUUGUUUGAAGACAUGGAAACGGAAAAUAGGCCUCACGUCUCCGGAAGGGGGAAAAAAUGCUGGGCUAAUAUCGUCAAGAACAAGCUGCAGGCUUUCAGUCUGUUAGCAUUCGUGUUUGGCAUAGGGAUUGGCCUGAUUCUCAAGUUCAAUACAGACUUGUCUGAAAUGGAGGCACUCUACAUCAGCUUUCCUGGAGAGCUGCUCAUGCAGAUGCUUCAGACGGUGACCAUCCCUCUGAUUGUGACCAGCGUGAUAACAGGUGUCUGCGGCCUAAGCGUUCAAGCCUCCAGGAAGAUUGCCGUCCGGACAGCUACGUACAUCAUCACCACCACCUUCAUGGCUGUGUGCUUAGGACUGUUGUUGGUGAUGGUACUCGAGCCGGGAGUUGUUUUUGCCAAAGUGAUUGUUAAGAAUAAGAAGAACACCUUUUCUACCAUGGAUUCCGUGAUGGAUCUUUUCAGGAACAUGGUCCCUGAGAGUCUGAUGCAGACGUGCUUCGAACAGUACAAGAGUGAGAGAAUAAUGUUUCCGGUGGAGGACGACGACAUGCCCCCCGGCGUGGAGCCGACGGCGCCUCUCUACGAGGAGCGGAUGGUGGGAAGAUAUGUUGAAGGGACCAACAUGCUGGGCUUGAUCGUUUGGGCCUUUGCCUUCGGCAUCAUGUUCGUGAUGAUAGGGGAUAAAGGGCUGGUCCUGGUGAACUUCAUCAUCGCCAUCAACGAGAACACGAAAGUGGUGGUGAACUGGAUUCUGUGGUAUCUGCCGAUCGGAGUCCUCUUCAUGAUCAUCAGUCACGUCAUUGAGGUUUACGACUGGGAGUCUAUCUUCAAGCUCAGCAAGUUUGCCGGUGUGGUUCUUCUCGGGCUCAUCCUGCACUCGGUUAUUGUCCUACCGAUGUUAUACUUCAUGCUUACGAGGCGUAACCCUUAUGGCGUCCUCCUGCGGUCGACUCCUGUGCUACUGACGGCGAUGCUCAUCUCAUCGAGCUCGGCCACGCUGCCGCACACGCUGGUCUGUUGCGAGAACAGGCUUAAGAUCGACAAGAGGAUCACUCGUUUCAUGCUGCCCAUCGCGACCAGCAUCAACAUGAAUGGAACCUCCCUCUACGAAGUGGUGGCGGCGGUUUUCAUUGCACAGCUUAACGACAUCGAACUGGAGGUCAGCCAGAUCAUCACUCUGUGCUUGACAGCAGCAAUCUCCAGCAUCGGAGCUGCAGGGAUUCCAGCAACUGGAGCAGUGACCACCCUUUUUGUCCUGACGGCGACCGGUCUGCCAGCAAAGGACGCAACUCUUCUGGUGGUCGUGGAGUGGGUCCUAGACCGCUGCUGCACCGUGGUGAACGUGCUGGGGGACUGCUUCGGCGCGGCGCUCCUUCAACAGCUGUCUGAAAAAGAACUGCACGAACAGCAACAGAGAGCUCACAUGAACGGGGAUGGUGAAGAGGCUCAGCGUAACCCGGAGGACGUCCAAGUCCAGUUCGUGAGCCUGGACUCUGACUCCUUUCACACUCCGCGGGAAGAGCUCAAAGGCCGGACCGACACCCAGCGGCGGUUCACCUACCAUCCAAGCCUUUGGGACCUGCCGGCCUAACAGCAUUGACCGCCUCUGUGUUUGUCCCCUUUCCAGCUUUAAUAAAGUUAUUUAACGG